AGGUAUACGAAACAAGGAAUACGACAGUUGCUCGUGUGCGAGGCUCCGCGUGAUAGCGUGAAUGUUGUGUACUGUGUGUUUCGUGGCUAUCACAUAGUUUGUCAACUGCUUUAUAAUAAAUAUACAAAUGCAGUUCGUGAUGAUGGUUCAUCAGAUCAUAUUUUCAAAUAGAUUCUCGCAGCCGGUGACUGAGUAACGGUGCCAGACCUGACGCGAGGUGCUCACCCGCGUUAGGUGCGUUGUGGGCCACCUAUCCACAUCCAAGCUGUGUUGAGCAUUCAAGUCAUGGUAUCGAGGUUCGACACGAACUUCGGUUGUGACGAUUUUUUCGGGACUUAUCAUUGCACUCAAGACAUGGCUUGUGAUCGUGGUGAUUCGGACUUCGAGUUUGUCAUACCGCCAGAGGCGCCGGUCUUCGAGCCAAGUAUCGAAGAGUUUCACGACCCUCUGAGUUACAUCGCAAAAAUACGACCGAUCGCAGCAAAGUCUGGCAUUUGUAAGAUCAAACCGCCGCCUAACUGGCAGCCACCAUUUGCUGUUGAUGUUGAUAAAUUCAAAUUUGUUCCAAGAAUACAAAGACUAAAUGAACUGGAAGCGAAAACAAGAAUAAAACUUAAUUUCUUGGAUCAAAUCGCAAAAUUCUGGGAGCUUCAAGGUUCUUCGUUAAAAAUUCCUCUUGUGGAGCGCAAAGCUCUUGAUUUAUAUUCUCUGCAUAAGAUAGUUACCGAUGAAGGUGGCAUUGAAACUGUAACAAGGGAAAGAAGAUGGGCAAAAAUUGCAAAUAAACUAGGUUAUCCUUCUGGACGUAGCGUUGGAAGUAUUUUAAAAAAUCAUUAUGAAAGAAUUUUAUAUCCAUUUGACGUUUUUAAACAGGGCAAAGCAUUAACAGACAUUAAAAUUGAGCCAGAUUCCAAUGUAAAUGAGAAAAAAGAUCGAGACUACAAACCACAUGGAAUUAUAUCAAGGCAGCAAAUUAAACCUCCAACUGAAAAAUUUUCACGUCGAUCAAAAAGGUUCAAUGCCCAAGAGGAAAAGCAAGAAUUAUCUGUUAAACAAGAAGAUUGUAAGGAAGAGUGUGAUGAUUCAGAUACUGAUUUUAAAGAUGGACUUAGAAGUAAGGAUUUCGAUGACAAUAGCAAAGAGCUUAAAAAGUUACAAUUUUAUGGAGCUGGCCCGAAAAUGGCUGGAUUCAAUACCAAAGAAGCCAAGAAGUCGAAUAAAACUAGGGGUGUAAAGCUUGUUUAUGAAUUUGAUCCUCUGGCAAAAUACAUUUGUCAUAAUUGUGGAAGAGGUGACAACGAAGAAAGUAUGCUUUUAUGCGAUGGAUGUGACGAUAGUUAUCAUACUUUCUGUUUAAUGCCACCGCUAACAGAAAUACCAAAAGGCGAUUGGCGGUGUCCAAAAUGUGUUGCUGAAGAAGUAUCCAAGCCGAUGGAAGCAUUUGGAUUUGAGCAAGCUCAAAGGGAAUAUACUCUUCAACAAUUCGGUGAAAUGGCUGAUCAAUUCAAGAGUGAUUAUUUUAACAUGCCUGUACAUAUGGUGCCAACAUCUUUGGUAGAGAAAGAAUUUUGGCGGAUAGUUUCUUCAAUUGACGAAGAUGUAACAGUUGAAUAUGGAGCAGAUUUACAUACUAUGGACCAUGGUUCUGGAUUUCCAACGAAAACGAGUGUUAAUUUAUUUACAUGCGAUCAGGAGUAUGCUGAAUCAUCAUGGAAUUUGAAUAAUUUACCAGUUUUGCGUAGUAGCGUCCUAGGUCACAUUAAUGCCGACAUUAGUGGUAUGAAGGUACCAUGGAUGUAUGUUGGGAUGUGUUUUGCAACAUUUUGUUGGCAUAACGAGGAUCAUUGGAGCUAUUCAAUUAAUUAUUUACAUUGGGGAGAGCCAAAAACAUGGUAUGGUGUGCCUGGCUCUCAGGCAGAAAAGUUUGAGCAGUCAAUGAAAGCUGCUGCACCAGAAUUGUUUCAUAGUCAGCCAGAUUUACUUCAUCAAUUAGUAACUAUUAUGAAUCCUAACAUAUUAACAAGCGAAGGUGUUCCAGUAUACAGAACUGAUCAACAUGCAGGUGAAUUCGUGGUAACAUUUCCCCGUGCGUAUCAUGCCGGUUUUAACCAAGGGUAUAACUUCGCUGAAGCUGUGAAUUUUGCACCUGCAGAUUGGCUCAAAAUUGGACGAGAAUGCAUAUCGCAUUAUUCGAAUUUAAGGCGAUUUUGUGUAUUCUCUCACGAUGAAUUGGUAUGCAAAAUGUCGUUGGAGCCAGAUUCAUUAGACAUAGGAAUUGCAACUGCAACUUAUCAUGACAUGCUUCAAAUGGUGGAUGAUGAGAAAAAAUUGAGGAAAAAUUUGUUGGAAUGGGGUGUAACAGAAGCAGAACGUGAAGCAUUUGAACUAUUACCAGAUGAUGAGAGACAGUGUGAAGUGUGCAAGACAACUUGUUUUUUGAGUGCAGUUACAUGUUCAUGUCACAGUUCACAGUUAGUUUGCUUAAGACAUUUCACAGAACUUUGUGACUGCCCUCCAGAAAAGCACACAUUACGUUAUCGCUAUACUUUAGACGAAUUACCAAUUAUGCUACAAAAGUUAAAGUUAAAAGCAGAGUCAUUUGACUCGUGGGUGACAAAAGUAAAAGAAGCAAUGGACCCUGAUAAGAAAAGUGACAAAAUUGAACUGAAUGAAUUAAAAGAACUUUUAAAUGAAGCAGAAAGUAAAAAAUUCCCAGACAGUGAGUUGCUUACAGCUUUAACAACUGCUGUACAAGAUGCUGAAAAAUGUGCAAGUGUUGCACAACAACUUUUGAAUAAUAAACAGCGUACUAGGACUAGGCAAUCUGUUGAAACUAAGUAUAAGCUUACAGUAGAAGAGUUAACACUUUUCUACAAAGAAAUUACAAAUCUGUGCUGUGAACUUAAGGAAUCCGAUGGAGUUAAAUUCAUACUUGAUCAAGUAUUACAGUUUCAAAAAGAAGCAGAAGAGUUUGAAUCUAAAGAGGAUGAUUGUGAUAUUGAACAGCUGGAAAAGUGUAUUGAUUUUGGUGAUUCUAUUUGCAUUGAACUACCUCAACUCGUUCGUUUAAAACAAAAAUUAGCACAAAUACAAUGGCUGGAUGAAGUCAAAACUCUCCAAGAAGAUCCAAAAUCUAUACAUCGCGAUGAUCUUGCAAAAUUGAUCGAAAAAGGUAUGACAAUACCCCCUCACUUAAGUAUAGAAAAUACGCUUUCGGAAUUACAAGCGUUAAUGCUUGCAAUUGAUAACUGGGAAGAGAAAGCAAAAUUGUACCUUCAUACAAAAAAUCGACAAACCAUUGCGUCUCUUGAAGAAUUUAUUGGCGAGGCUGAUAAGGUAGAAGCUUAUUUACCAAGUUUGGAUGUUCUUCAAGACACAUUAAAUAAAGCAAAGAAUUGGUCGAAGAUGGUGGAAGACGUACAAGCAAGAGAUAAUUUUCCAUAUUAUAAUACAUUAGAUGAUUUAAUUAAACGGGGUAGAAAUAUCCCGUUGCACCUAGAUGCUCUUCCAAUCUUAGAAUCGACUCUUUCCCAAGCAAAAACUUGGAAAGAAAGAACAGCAAGAACAUUCCUAAGGAAAAAUUCGCAUUACACUUUAAUGGAAGCAUUGUCACCACGAAUCGGAGUCGGUAUACAAGCGCUGAAAUCUAAGAAGAAUAAGAGCGAAGAGUCAGUAGGGCCCGUUUUCGUCUGUGAUACAAAAUUGGACGAUUCCAAUGAUUCGGCUACCAUUGUGGCCGCGUUUAAAUUAGCUGAACAACGCGAAAUGGAAGCAAUGAGAAAUUUAAGGGAGAGAAACUUAAUGAAGACCGAAAUCGACGAUUCGAGGUAUUGUGUCUGUCGUCGACCGAGGUUCGGACUCAUGCUUCAAUGUGAACUUUGUAAAGAUUGGUUCCAUUCAAAUUGCGUACCUUUACCAAAAACAUCGUAUAAAGGAAAGUUACCAAUGUCAAGAGAAAUUAAGUUUUUAUGUCCUUGUUGUUUACGUUCACGGCGGCCAAGAUUGGAAACAAUUUUGGCUCUUCUAGUUAGUCUUCAAAAAAUUCCAAUCCGUUUACCGGAGGGUGAGGCAUUGCAAUGUUUAACAGAACGUGCAAUGAAUUGGCAGGACCGAGCCCGACAGGCCUUGGCUACAGAUGAAAUUUCAUCUGCGCUAGCAAAAUUGUCUGUAUUGUCACAGAAAUUAGUUGAAGCGGCAGCUCGCGAAAAAACCGAAAAAAUUAUUAGUAGUGAGUUAAAAAAGGCAGCAAAUAAUCCUGAAUUGCAUCAAAGGGUACAAGCUAUUGCACCGCUUAGUGGUGUGCAUUCAGAUGAUAGCAUGAUUAGUACGGCAGACGAUGACGACGAUGUUGUUACUAUAGAUGAUGAUGAGCCAAGUUGUAGUACAUUCAACAGUAACGAACAUGCAUAUUCUUAUAUAUCCAAAAUUCAGCGUAAGUCACAAUCGAGUGACUCUAGCGACGUUGCAGUUGCACUUUCACAAGCUGCAAGGUUGCGUUUAGAGGAACUAAUGAUGGAAGGUGAUUUAUUAGAGGUAGCGUUAGACGAAACGCAACACAUCUGGCGUAUAUUAAGUCAUACGAAUAGUCCAAGCACCGUUCGGAAGUAUGCAACGUACGACGACGUUCAAACCAAUCCCAAUCAAGAGACGAGGGACGUGAGAAAACGGGGAAGAAAAAGGAAAUCUGAGGAAUUCGAAUUACUCAAGAAGCUUGGCAGACAAAAAAUGGAAGAAAAGAAUUUAGCUAAACGCAAGGGAUUGCAGAAGGAGAAAAAAUCUGCUGGUUCUCCGGUGCCAAUGAAGCGCGGACCUCGAAAGAUGAAACGCAAAGAGGGUGAAGAAGGUCCAAAGAAAAGAGGUGGCAACAGAAAGAAGACGAAGCAGGAUACAUCUGACGAAGAAGAUGAUUGCGCUGCUGUUAAUUGCUUACGACCCAGCGGUAGGGAAGUUGAUUGGGUACAGUGUGACGGUGGCUGUGAGGGUUGGUUCCAUAUGCACUGUGUUGGCUUGGAUCGCACAGAAAUAGCUGAAGAAGACGAUUACAUUUGCAGUAAUUGUAAAGAGGCAGAACAAAACUCGACGUCAAGAGCGCCAGAUCCUCUAGCUGAAUCAUUAGGCCUGGAUGCACUUCUUUCCCUUUCUCAAUCUCAGGGAUACCAAGGUACAGACAGUGAGGCAGAUAUUCAAGAAACGACGUCCUUCGUCAGGACCUACUAGCCUACGUUAUCUUGUUAGCACUGUAAAAGGCUGAAAUGUUUCACGAUAUCAAAUCAUUUCGACUGUUCAAUUACAGUCUAACAAUUAAUGUUACCUACAAAUUAUUCAGUCGAUUGGUACUGCAGGUCACCGGGUGUCAUUCGAUUGUUUGUGUCGCGAGUGGGACGUCGAGGAUAAAGUAUUACAACGCUGUUGAAUAGCAACAUUUUGACGACCACGAACAUUAUUUUUCUAUCUUGAUUUCGUACGCCUUGGAAAGUGACGAAUGUUACGUACGUAUCCUGCUGUAUAUUGUAUUUUUAUUUUUUAAGAUUAAGCCGAGCACUUGUCAAGUGGAAAGGAUUUAUUAUCCGCGUACAAUACAUUUAUUUAUACCUUCGUGAAACAUUAUUUUUCACAUAAUUGAUGUUUAAUGUUCAUUCGUAACAUUAAACUAUGUGCUUACACAAUACGUUGACUCUAAAUUAAUUACAGAGUUUCGAUGUAAAGAAAGAUACUGUUUCUAAAAAACAAACCAUGAUUGAUGCGUAUUAUUCAUACGGAUAUCACGGAUGAACCGUGAUAUGUGUCGUAGUUUGUAUGAUAUUUUUUCUAUUUUUUUUUUCUGAUUUUUUCCUUUCUUUUUUUUUUUUUGAAAAUCGAAAAGUUGCAUCUCAUUCAUAGUCGUUAAUCCUUACCUCUCGCUCUGUGUAAGUGAAGACAGAAAAUGAAAGGUUUUGCGAGACCAAUGACUGUUGACAAAACUAAAUCUAAAUCAUACAUGUUAAGACAAUUUGUAAGUGAGGUAUGAAAAGAUGUGAACGACAAGGGGUCGUUCAUAAAGGGCGUCCGUCUUUAGAGGGGGGGAAGAAAGAUUCUAGUCUUUUGUGACAUCUAUGUAUAAAUUUUGUUGAGCAACCUUCUAUUAAAAUUUUUAAUUAUUCAUAAUUACUCUUUUUACGUGUAGUACAAACUCAAUAAAUUAAACAAAAUUAAUAAUAAAUUAAACAAAAAUUGACCGUGUGUGAUAAGGGGAAAGGGAAAAGUCUGAAAACAACAGAAAUCUACGAAUAUCCUUUAUGAACGGCCCCUUAGGGAAGUGAGGGAAGACGUAUUUGAAGGGAAAAAUUAGCGACGACGAUAAUACGCGUAGCGAAGAAAAGUCAUUUCAAGAUACUUCUACUUCGAUGAAGAUUCCGUCGGUUUUUAUAUCGGCUUUUAAUUGUAAUGGCGUCUAAGGUGACGAUAAUCCCCUUUGCGCUAAAUAGUAUGUACAGAUAGACUGAGAUGUGUGUAUUAAAAUAUAGUUAUUAUACAUAUAUACAUAUAAGAAGAUUAGUUCGAAAACAUGAUGUAGAUGGAAAUAAGUUAUAGUUUGUAUAAAAGAAAAAAAUGAAAUAGAAUUGACACGCAAAUAUAUAGCAUAUCUAAAUCUGCCUUCCUGAGACGAUUAAUUGAAAUUCAGUGGAUUUUGGACCAGAGUGUACAAUUUUAUAAUUUGGUAACAAUGAAAAAUUAUUUAGCGAUGAACUUUCAAAAGGCCUAACAAAGAAGUGUUUUUGUUUAACAUUUGUUUAACUUCACUUCUCAAGGAUAUUAAUUAUUUUACACAUUAUAAUUCGCUGAAAUGUUUUUAGUACAAUUAACAGUUUGCUUUUUAUUUUGUACAUUAUAAAAUUGUUGCGACAAUUAUUGUAAGCAUCACGUAUAUGGAUCUCAUUCUUAGCAAAUAAAAUAAAAAUUAAGAGAGUAUUUAUAUCGUUAUUAUCAGUGUAAACAAAAAGAAAAAGAUAUAGAUAUGCGGCUUAGUUGACUCUGGUACAAAACCAUCACCUUAACGAAUAACGACAUUCUUUAAUUACGUUUUAAUUCGACUGUCGAGUCGCGUUUUUAUUUCAAACGCAAACUCAUUUUUUUAUUUUUAUGCAUAUGUGUUACGUGCGUGUCUCUAUCUGUCUACCUAAGUGUGGUUCUUUUGCACGGUAUGCAAAAUCAGAACUGUAUCGUGUACAAAAAGAAACAUGAAAUUUUUAUCUUGGAUCGAUUGGCGUAAAAGAAACUUUGUACAAUUAAUUGUUAAAGAAAUCGAGUAUCAACUGAGUUUCCAUGUACUAAAACUCUAUGAAUGUGUGCUACGUGUAGAACAAAAUGGCGCUCAGUGUGUUUUAAACAAUUGCAUACCGGAACAUACUAUUAACACCUUACUAAAUGGAAGCCUCUUAAUAGUAGCGAUUAUUAAUUAAAAAAAUCAAUCAAUCGCGAAUGUCUUAUUUAUAAUUUGAAAUACUAAUUAAGAUUAUACCUUCCAAUUUUUAAUUAGUAUUAAGUUAUUCAUUGCGUCGGUGAUGUACGUUACGCGUUUUCGUUUAAAACAUACUGUAGGUCAGAGUAUCAUAUGAGAAGUUAUAUGUACACACAUAUAUUUUUGUACAGAUAUGAAGAAAAAAAAGAAAAAAAAAAAGAGGCUCGAAAAUCUGAUUGUCGCGUCUUGAUACGCGAAAACAGUGAAUUUCUAACGAUAGUGUGUUUUCGUCUCUUUUCUUUUUUUUUAAAUGAGGUAUGAAUUUCAAUUUGUUUCCUUUUUCGUAAUAAAAGAUAAUGUAUAUACGUACGUGUAUUAUUGGUUGUAUGUGUUUUAUACAAGGUACUUAGAUUAUUCUAGAUUAAAACAGAAAAUAGAUACGAAUUCAGGUUUGUGUAAGAGGGUACACUAUCAUUAAAAAUACAUUGUGAUUAGAAAAAUCGUUGGAAAUUAUACGACUGUUUAAAAACUAUUUCAAGAAUGGAGAUGUCCGAGCAUUGUACUUUACUAUAAAAGUACACAUGUGCUAUUGUUGAAUACUAAUCUGUUCGAGCAAACACGAGGCAAGUGCCUACGCGUUUUUUUUUUCUUUU